AUGUCUACAGUUGUAUACUAUUUGUAUAAAUAUUUAUUUGAUUACAUUAUUAAUCACAUGUAUUGACACUAAUCGCCAUAAUAUUAGACAUUCAUUAAAAGCUGUCAAUUGGUGUCAAUGUCUUCUCGAUGGUAUCCGCGAUAUGUUUUGGGUAAUCCUCAGUUACGCGUCUUUUUGCCCGACUUUUGGAUGAUAUUAAAGAAACCUCUGGAUCCGUUACCUGCAAAUCAGGUGCAAUUCAAGAUACCUGUCUUUAUGACCAAAUGGGAUGUUAAGAACUAUUUGGAGAAAAUCUAUAAAAUACCGGUUAUUGAUGUUCGGACUCAUGUCAUGUGUGGUGACAUCAAGAAAGCUAAGACAACUCAGAAACCAUAUCUUAUUAAAGAAGAUGAUUAUAAGUUAGCGACUGUUGAUUUGCCAAAGGAUAUGAUAUUUAAAUUUCCCGAACUCUUCCCGAAAGAGAAAAUAAAUGAAACGAAGAAAGAUAUGACGGACGCCGAGAAAGAGGUUGAAUUCGGGAAAUUACGUGAAAAGAGAAAAAGAUAUAAUAAUAAAAGAGAUAACGUUCCCGAUUGGUUCGGCAUUUAA